UUUUCUUAAUUGUUGUCUUUGAAAAUACAUAAAGAAAAGAAACAGUCACAAGUCACAAACAAUUGCACAGACUAAGCCCAAGUUCCCUCUUUUCCGGUCAAACUAAGCAAAAGAGAAGAAGAUGGGUUCUGUAGCAAAGAAUGGACUCAACAAUUACGUCAAACAGCUCCAAGAACAUCCUUUGAGAACAAAGGUAAUUACUGCAGGGGUGUUGUCAGGGAUCAGUGAUAUAGUAUCUCAGAAGCUUACUGGGAUACAGAAAAUUCAAUUCAAAAGAGUACUUCUUAAAGUGAUUCUUGGAGCUGGUUAUCUUGGACCGUUUGGACACUACUUUCAUAUAGCACUGGAAAAGAUUUUCAAAGGAAAGAAAGAUUCGAAAACGGUGGCCAAGAAGGUUCUGAUUGAACAGUUGACAUCUUCUCCUUUGAACAAUUUGAUUUUCAUGAUAUACUUCGGAUUAGUUAUUGAAGGCCAACCUUGGGCGAAUGUGAAAGCUAGAGUGAGGAAGGGUUAUCCAUCAGUGCAAUACGCAUCAUGGAUGUUCUGGCCUGUUGUGGGGGUGAUAAAUUACAAAUUCAUGCCUCUUCAUUUCCGCGUUGUUUUCCACAGCUUAGUAGCAUUUUGCUGGGGAAUAUUCUUGAACCUUCGAGCACGGUCUGUGGCAUUGAUUAAACCCUGAAGAAAAUGAGAUUCUGAUUUAUAGCCUUCAAAUUAAGUAGAUCCUCCUGCUUAUUACUCCUUUAGAAGUUUGUUUUGUCCUUAUUUUCAAUGUGUGUGUGUGUGUGUGUAUGAAUUGUCGACGAAUAUUUGAGAUAAAGUAGUAAUUAAGCAAGAUAGGUUUCAUUGUUUAUGGCAACUUUGUAUAUUAGAGAAUACAUUUUUAGAAAGUAAUUUUCUGAGUAAUGUAAUAAUUUCUCAAACUUUGGAUGUUUGAGCUUAUUUCUUCACAUACA